AUGACAAAACCCUAUUGUUCACAUCUUAAUUCAUUAGAAUAUCACCAAAUUUUCCAUUACCUUGGAAUUACUCAUUUAAGGUUAUUAAUUCAAGUUUCCAAAGAGGUUAAGAGAUGUGUAGAAAGUAUUGAUCAGUUACUUGUUCGUCAUGAUUUGUUAAAAUACUUAAAAGAAUUUCCAACAGUAAAAAAAGUGUUUUAUUUUUCACUUAAUUUUAUUAUUGAUAAAAUUCCACAAUUAACAUUUCUUUCAAAUUUAAGAGAAUUAGAGUUUAGUAAUUUAAAUUGUAUUGAUUAUUAUUCACUUAAUAAUAUUCUUCAAUGUGUUAAACUUACGAAAUUAAAUUUUUGUUUUUUAAAUCAAGUUAGUGAAGAAAACAGUAUUAAAUAUAUUAAUUGUAUUGUAACAAAUCAACCAUAUUUAAAAAGUUUAAAAAUUACAAAAGAUUUAUCUCAAUAUAGAUAUUAUUCUAAAUCUUAUGAAGUACAAAAUUUAAGUCAACUAACUCGAUUAACUCAAUUAAAAAUAUUUUCAUAUUGUAAAGAACAUUGUACAUUACCAAAAUUACAAGAAUAUAAUGUUUUUGUUAAUGAUACUCAAUAUUUUAAUGAAACAAUUAACUGUUUUACUCAAUCUAAAAAUUUAAAAACACUUGUUCUUCGUGGAAAUUUUGAUGAAAUAUCAAGUAUUUAUAACAUUACUACACUUACUCAAAUAAAUACUCUUGAUCUUACUGGAACUGAUGUUAAUAAUGAUUCUGAAAUUACCCAACUUACUAAUUCUUCUUUUAAUACUAUUAAAUUUAAUGGAUUUUUUGGUAUUAAUAGUGAGUCUAUUCGUUUCUCAAAUUUAGGAAACAAAUUUUAUAUUGACUCUGAAGUAUAUUUGGAUAGAGAACUUGGUCAUAUCCCACCAUCUUUAAUUAGUCAAAUUAAAAAUGAACUUAAAAAUAACUCACAUAGCUCUAUUAAACCUUUUGCCAUUUUCAUUCUUUCUAAUAAAAUUACUUUACAAGCACUAAUCAUUUCAACUCUUUUUCCUCAUUGUUAUCAAUAUUGUGGUGUUCAAACUAAUACUUUUGAUUGUUCAAACUUGAAAUUAUUUGAUGAAUAUGAAGUUACAUUUAAUCAUAUAGCUUUUAAAAAUGUUUCUCUUCUCCUUAAUUUUAAUGUUUUACAAAAUAUGCAAUGUCUAACAUCACUUACUUUAUUCAAAAUAAAUACAGAAUUAUCUAUUAACUUAUUAACUCAAUUAAAAAGAUUGGCUAUUUAUGAUGGUGAAUUUCAACAUAUCAAUAAUUUGAAAUUAGAAUUUAUUCGUUUCUUUAAAGUAAAACAUGUUAAUAUAAAUGAAGUUAUUGAAAUGACUACUUUAAAAAGUAUUUUUUGGAAAGAAAUGGAACAAGACCUACCACUCAACAACUUAGUAACUACCUCAAUUUUACGAAUUGUUAUUGAAGAAGAAAAAAUACCUUUUAAUGACUUACCGAUUUUAGAAAAGAAGAGAAUAUUUGUUGAUUCUUAUGAUUUUGAGUCUAGUGAAUUUGAUGAGACAGGAGAAAACGAAGAUUUGUCAAGUUCUGAUAAUUCAGAAGAUUCUGAUAGUGAUGUGGAUAUUAUUUUUGAUGAGAUUGAGUAA